AGAAGGUGGUUUGAGAACACUUUCUGCUAAAGCUCUUCAGAGCUCCUUUGCUCCAUGGAGUUCUUAUACAGAUUUAUACUGAAGAAAUGAGAUUGGAUGAAGGUUUCAAACUGUUCUAUAAUGUUCUAUACGUCGUGGAAUGGAAUCUGCAUUGUUCUGUGCCUGCUGCUUUCUCUUAAACCUGCAAACCUUGUGAAUGGAUUCUAGGAUGUCUCCAGCUCCCAGUGUAGACUCUCUGAAGCAGAGGGAAAAUGCAUCACUAUUUCCUAUUACCCGGAUACCAAGACCCCAAAUUCUUCUUCCAAGACAUUUGUUUCCUCUGUCAAACAGCCUGCAGACUUGCCAUUACAACAUGUACCAGCUCCAGACCAGCUCCCGCAAAAAUUCUGACCCUCUUUCUAUGAACGACUUCUGGUUAGAGGUGGAAAAUAUCAAACAGAUGCAAGGCUCUGAUGGGGAGGAAAGCAGUUCAUCGGAACCCAGCACCCCAGAAGAAGGAGAAGCAGAAGCUGAUUGGCUGCAAGACACCGGCCUCUCCCCCCUUAUUGGAGACCACAAUCCUACAGAAGACAAUGUCUUGAUCUUAUCAACCCUUACACGAACGCAGACCUUAGCUGUGCAGCGCCGCCUUGACAGCUAUAGUCAAUCCCUUCGGAAACGUUCCAAACAACCAGCACGUGACGUCAGAGAGGUGUUCAACAGAGCAAGCAAAACUGACAUUGUUGUGGAGCAGAAUGGGAUGCACGCAAGGAAUGGAAUAACAGACACAAAUGGCUUCACAGAGAAUUCAACAAAAUCUCCUUCCAGCCUACACAGGCCGUCUGGAGGAUCCAACAUCUACAACAUGGAUGUGGCGUAUUCAGAACAAGCCGUAUUCGGUCACAAUGAGAAUUGCAAAACAGCAUGGCAGCCAGAGUCUUUGCCUCAUUUUCAGAUACAGAAGGGAAGGCUUGGUGUCACCCGGGUUUCCGACUUGUCUUCUUCCGACAUGAAGCAGGUGCCUGCCUUUGCUCUCAUUGAACUGACUGCGCUUUACGACGUUUUAGAAUUGGAUCUAAAGAGGAAUAAACCAGCCAAGCGUAGACCUGCAGAAAGUCGAUUAUUUGGAGUAUCUCUCGCCGCUCUUCUGGAACAAGAUCGAAAGCUGAUUACUAACACGCAGGUCCCUCUCCUCCUGCAGGCGAUUCUGAACUGUCUAGAAAAGAACGGUCUGGAGCUUCAGGGUAUUUUAAGGGUCUGCGGCUCACAGGCACGCAUGAAGUCCCUUCAGCAGCGUCUGGAGAAGAAUUUCUAUGCUGGCCUCUUCUCCUGGGAUGAAGUGAACCCACAUGAUGCUGCUGGGCUCCUGAAGCUCUUCCUCCGAGAGCUGCCUGCCCCAUUGCUUACUGCAGAAUAUCUACCUGCCUUUGCUGCUGUCCAGAAAAUCACUGAUUUAAAACAAAGACUCCAAGCUCUGAACCUACUUAUCUUGGUCCUUCCAGAAGCAAAUCGCAGCACCUUAAAGGCAUUACUGGAGUUUCUCCGUAAAGUGGCUUCUCAUGAAAAAGGUAACCUCAUGUCUCUGUGGAACAUUGCCACCAUUAUGGCACCUAAUCUUUUUUUGUAUCGUGGGAGUGGUGGCAAGAGCCAAGAAGGUGGAGAGAAGCAGCAGGCAGAGGGGGUGGCAGCCCUGGUCAUGGCCAUGGUGCAUUACCAAGAUCUUUUAUGGAAGGUUCCUACCUUCCUGCUAUCCCAAGUCCGCAAGUUGAAUGAGAGCAGCAGUAAGAGAUUCAAUGAACGACGGCUACUCAAUUUCCUUCGCAAAAUGAACAUUGACAAGGAAAGGCCAGAGAAGAAUCACACAGAGCCCUGUAAGCAAGUAAAGAUACGAGCGUCUAUAUUUGUGAAGGACUCCUUGGCUAUUCAGCUGAAUGAGGCCACACAAGCAGCAGAUGUCUUAAAGAAAUUCCAGGAGCACGUGAAUAAUCGUAGCUGGCAAAUGGUCAGCACCAUGGGCCUUAUCAAAUGUAAUAGUUCCUUUGCGUUAUCCAAUCUGGAACUUUAUGAAGUUGGAGGAAAUAUUGGUGAACAUUGCCUGGAUCCGGAUACCUAUUUAUUGGACUUGUAUAAUGCCAAUCCGAAUGGAGAAUGGGUGAUUAAACCAAGUCCUCCUUCGACGCCUACUUCAUAGAGGCCGGUUAUUGCUUUGUAAAUGAUAACGGCACGGCAGAGCCCUGAUGAUUUGGAGGCCCCUCUUGAUGAGGCAUGCAGUCUAAACUAGCUGAGUCCAAUCCUGCGAUGGCUGAGUAUACAAGAUGCCCUCUGCAAGUCAAUGUAGUCUUCCUAGGAAGACAAUGACCCUAGUGUGUGAUCGCCGGGACCAUAUACGCCUUUUAUACCAUGGACAUCGAAAUUGAUGGAUACUUUCUUCAUUGCCACACGUCAGACGUUUAGGUGGAAGUAUUCAUUAUUAAAUCUAAAAUGUGAGUGGUUUAUUGGGAUCGAGGGAGUGAUACAUUUGCGUGUUCUCACCACCAGAGGGCACAGUCCUCCCUUUUGUAUUGUCUCUUUGAUGUCAAUGAUGUCUGUUAGUUCUAGUUGUCCAUACUGAGCUAGUCUUUAUUAUUUUAUUUUCAUUUUUUACGUCCGGAUUUUGUUACAUCUGUAUUUAAUGUACAAUAAUUAAAACAUAAAGUUAAUAAUGAACAUUUAUAUAUAAAAAAAGGUUACCGUUGUUUUAUUUUGUUCAUGUGUGUUUCUAGUGUUUUUUUAUUAUUUUGUAUGUUCCCCCUUUUCUGUGACAAACACUGUCAUUGAGGAGAGGCGAAGAGUUCUAGUUCAUUAGGACAGGCAGCUGUAUGCGACUCUGCAAAAUGACUGUAAUUAUGGAAUCGGCUAGAGCCUGUACUGCUGGGAGACAAAGCCAUUUAAUGGGGUGUAUUA